AUGUCUCUCAGUCAACCCGGCCUGGCCAGUCCUUCGACUUUUGGCGGGCUCCUGGAAAGCCGCGCCAUCUUCAACGCCGCCGAUAUCAAAGUCCAGCAACAUGCCCUUCCGCCACCCACUCGCCGCAACGAAUGGCGGUUCCGCCCAGGCUCGUAUACCCCGCGAGACUUCAUCCGGGAAAUCGCCCUCUUGCUCGAAAGUGUCAUCGUCCAACUUGGACCCGAUGGCCCGGAAGACGCUGAUUCCCGCGCCAUUCUCAUGGACGGCCUGCGGUCCAGCCUUUCCCACGAGGGCCGGGAAACUACACUCCCGCUAGCCGACUGGAACAGCGAGCAGCCCUCCGACCUGACCCGCCACAUCCUUCGUAUCGGCAAGGCGCUUUACCAGUACGCCGCCGAGGCCAACCACAUCAUCCCCGGCGACCCGUCCUUGACUGUUUACAGUCCCUGCGAGGGCCACAAGUGGGUGCCGCCUGCCGGUCGGCUAUUACGAAGCCCACGCAGCUCGCCCAUUCUCAUGAUGCUGUACAAUGAGUGGCUGCAUCAGAUCACCUGUCUACGGGAUAUUCUCAUCGGGUUCGACAAUUUUGAGGACGCCUUGUUGGCGCAGGUGAAAUCCGGACAGGUUUCCCGCGGCUCAUUCCUCGAGGCGGCUAAGGUGCUCACAGGGCCAAGUCUGCCAGCCGGGGGAUACGGGUUCCAGUACGACAAGGGGGUCGUGCUUCCGGCAACCGUGUUCUCUGAGACCUCCUCUGAUCUACUCUUGCAUUUCAGCCGCACAGUUCUCAUUCAAGAAGAAACCCAACGCGCGGUGCUGUUUGUGCCCGCACCAGUCUCUCCAGACGUUGGUAAGGUGGACGUGAGCGACCUGAAAGCUGACUCGUCCGUCCACUUUUCAAGACACAUCUUGGUGGAGGAUGCGCGCAACGUGGUGGGUGAAGACGGCCAGUAUCUCAUCAAGCUGGCGGCACAUAACAACGGCAGCCCGGUGUACUCCGUCGACGUCGCUAGCGUGAUCCGGGGUCUGGAUGCCGCGAGAAACGCGAGCCCGGAGGAGGAGAAGGAAAUCCUGGCGUCCAACGCACCUGGUCGGGUGUACGAGGCCUCAGAGAUCUUGUUGGCAGAUGCGAGCGUCGUGGAGAACAAAUCUUCCCGGCCGGUGGUCAUCCGCGCCGGUGAGGAGGUGGAUCUGCUCGCGCUCUUGGGGAAGCUAGAGGUUGGCAAACACAACAAACAGAUCCCACUCGCCUUCACCAACCUCAGCGUCGCGGCCCCCGAUCCCGGUCUCGUCACCGUUAAGACCCUCCCCAAAGCCAUCAUCAACACCUUCGGUCCCGACCAAGCAGCAUGGCUCACCCUAAACCUCUUUAAGCCUCUCGGGCUCGUAAAGCCACCCAAGAACAAGACCAUCCUGCACGACUUCACCGGCCUUGUCCGCCCCGGCGAGAUGCUACUCGUUCUCGGCCGCCCCGGUAGCGGGUGCUCGACCUUUCUCCGCACAGCCGCAAACCGAUCAGCGUUGAAAGUAACGGGCGAGCUGCAGUACGCCGGGCUUGGGCACGAGGAGUUCUACAAGAAACACCGCCGCGAGACGUUGUAUCUGCCCGAGGAGGAUAAACACAUUCCGACUUUGACUGUGCGGCAGACGUUGGAGUUCGCGCUCCGGAUGAGCUUGUCAACGAGGGAGCGCAAAACUAAACACCUGGGGAAUGCAGUUAAGGAAAUGGCAGCUAUGUUUGGUUUGGAACAUGCCUUAGACACCAUUGUGGGAGGAGGGGCCGUUCGGGGUGUUUCGGGUGGUGAGAAGAAACGCACCAGAGGCCUUGAUUCAUCCACGGCUCUCGACUUCGUCAAGGCCCUGCGCACGUUGACCGAUCUCUCGCAAAAGACGACGUUGGCAACACUCUACCAGGCCGGCGAGAAUAUUUACCGGCACUUUGACAAAGUCAUCUUACUGGAUUCGGGAUAUGAAAUCUACUUCGGUCCCGUUGACAAAGCCAAGCCAUAUUUCGAGGCAUUGGGCUUCGUUUCGGACCCGAGGCAGACGACAUCGGAGUUUCUCACCACUGUGACCGACCCGGCUCAGCGACAGGUUCGGCCUGGGUCCGCAGCGGAAUCCCUGCGCACACCCAAGGAUCUCGCAGAUGCCUUCAGGUCAUCGAAGGAGUUCUCCCAGUUGCAAUCCGAACUGAAUGAUCUUGACCGGUCGUAUGUAUCCCAAUCAGAUCUUGUUCCCACCAGCCCAAUCAAACUCUCAUACCCAUCACAGGUGUGGGAAUGUCUGAGGCGGGAGGUCCAGCUCAUCAACGGUCGCCGCGCAGUGUACUACCAAAAGUGGAUCAACACGGUAGUCCUAUGUUUGAUUGUCGGGAGCGAGUACUUCAACAUCUCAUCGGACGCUUCGGGCGCCUUCACCCGCCAAGGCGUGAUCUUCUAUGCCAUCAUCGCCAAUGCUUGGAUGCAGUAUCCCGAACUGUUUGACGCGCAUUCAAACCGUGCAGUCCUUGAGCGGCAGUCAUCCGUCAACAUGUACCGGUCCUCCGCUGUGGCUGUGGCCCGGAUUCUCAUCGAUAUCCCCAUGAUUGCUUUGCAGCACGCGUUCUUCAUGAUUGCGUAUUACUUCCUAGCCCAUCACACCGUGGCAUACACUGCUGGGGACUUCUUCUACUUUUACUUUGUGCUCUGCUUGUCGACCAUCAAUUUUGCCAAUUUGCUAAGAAUGUUUGCGUAUUACGUCCCAAGCGUUGAGGACUGUUUCCGGAUCGGAGGAAUCGCUUCGACCACAACGGUCUACUUUGCCGGCUUCUUGAUCCCCAUCAACCGCAUGCGCCCCGUAUGGUCAUGGCUCCAUUACAUCAGCCCCCCUCGGUAUUCAUACGAAGCGCUCCUCACCAACGAGCUCCACCGCCUCGAGAUAUCUUGUGGUGACCAACUUGUCCCGGACGUCCCGGGCGCGAACCUCUCGCAUCAAGUGUGUCCCGUUCGCGGUGCGGAAGCCGGUCAGGACGCUGUACCUGGUCUCCAGUACGUUCAAUCCCUCGGCUUCAGCUAUGCCAACCGGUGGCGCAACGUCGGUAUUCUCAUUGGGUUUGCCGCAGCGUAUAUGCUUGUAGGCGUGAUUGGCAGCGAGAUCAUGCACUUUACCUCACAGGGCGGCGCACCUGUUGUCUUUGCCCGCAGAGACAAGAACAGGAAGGGGGAGAAGGAUGCUGCGGCGGAUGUCGAAAAGUCGGCUGCCCUCGGCGAUAGUGGGAGUUCUAGCACGGAAUCAUACCGAGGCAAGCCUAGCCUCGUGUGGAGCGAUGUUACUGUCGACAUUGGCGACAAGAGAAUUCUCCACGGUGUAACCGGCUAUGUCCGCCCCGGUGAGCUGGUAGCCCUCUGCGGAUCGAGUGGUGCCGGCAAGACCACUCUCCUGACUCACCUCACCCAGACGAACCCAGUCGGAGUCUCGGGUGGACAGCUUGAGUUUGGAAACAAGCCACUGGGCCGGUACUUCAAGAAGAUGUCCGGAUUUGCUCAGCAGUCGGAUAUGCACGACGGUACUGCGACGAUCCGGGAAGCGCUGGAGUUCUCGGCUCUGCUGAGGCAACCGUCCAUCUACUCUAAGGCGGAAAAGUUGGCGUAUGUCGACCAUGUGUUGGAAAUUUUGGAUUUGACGCACCUGCAGCACGCUUUAAUUGGGGAUGCGGAUUCUGGGCUUGGGGUUGAGUUGACAAAGCGGGUUACGAUCGCUGUGGAGUUGGUCGCUCGGCCUCAGAUCUUGUUCGCCGAUGAACCGACGUCUGGGCUUGAUUCCCAAGGCGCCGCGGCCAUUGUGAGUUACUUGAAACGGCUCGCGCAACAAGGCCAAGCCGUGCUUGUCACGAUCCACCAGCCGUCCGCGUCGCUUUUCCGGGUGUUUGACAAGGCCGUGGCGCUGUCAUCUGGUGGCCAGCAAAUUUACUACGGCCCUGUGGACAACGUCCUUCCAUACAUUACUCGGAUCAGUGGGACGGAGCACCCCGAUGAUGCGAACCCAGCCGAAGUGUUGCUAGAGACCAUUGGUUCUAAAGCCACCGCGAAGGACAAGACUGAUGGUCUGGAUUGGACGGCAAAGUGGAAAGACUCCCCGGAAGCUGAGGCCGUCCAGAAGACCAUCACUGAGAUCCGGAAGAGUGAGGUGCAGUGGGACAGCAUUGAGCAACAGCGCGAGUUCAACACCUCCAGCUUCAGCCAGACAGUUCAUCUCACGAAGAGGAUGCUCUUGAACCAGUGGCGCAAGCCCGCGUACAUCUACAGCAAGAUAUGGGUCCACACCAUCCAAGCCAUCCUGAUCGGUUUCACAUUCUUCCAGCUCGGCACGUCUCCACUGGACCUUCAAAGCCGUGCCUUCGGCGCAUUCGCCCUCAUCUUCCUCGUCAACACCAUCGUCAACCCAAUCCUCGCCCGCUUCUUCGGCCAGCGUCUGCUCUGGGAAGUCCGCGAGGGUCCAUCGCGCACCUAUGGUUGGCUGGCCCUCUGCAAUGCAAGCUUCCUCGCCGAGCUCCCGGCCAUUGGCGUCACGGGGGUGUUGUACUACCUCCUCUGGUACUUCCUCACGGGCUUACCGAUGGGCGAAGCAGCGGGCUACACCUUCCUGAUCGUGAUGAUCUACGAGGUGUUCGAGAUGACCUUUGGGCUGUUGGUCACGGCCGUGAGCCCGGAUCUGAAGUUUGCCGGGUUGGUGCUGGUGUUCUUGGUGACUAUUUUUAAUUGGUUUAAUGGUGUUGUUGUGCCGUAUCAGCAGAUUCAGGGGUUUUGGAGGUAUUGGGUAUGUUUCCCUUUCCCGUCCAGUCCAGUCCACUUCAAUCUUUCGAGUGAUUCACUAACUCCCCUCCAGCUCUACUACCUCAACCCCCUAACCUACCUCUUCGGGGGCAUGAUCAUCGCCGCGGAUGGCAACGUGGACGUAGUCUGCGAUGAAGCAGACCUCUUCUCCUUCCCGCCUCCCGAUGGCCAGUCCUGCGGCGCCUACGCAGGCGAUUGGGCUGCCAGCGUGCAAGCCAACCUGACCAACCCUCUGUCGAGGGAUAUCUGCCACGUCUGCCAGUACACCAAGGGUACACAGUACCUUGAGCAAUUUGGACUGCGGGACGGUAGGUUGGGGGAUAAUAUGUGGACGUAUUUGGGGGUGUUUGUACUGUUUACGGUGGUGAAUGUGGUGUUGUUUUAUUUUUUUACUUGGGCGACGAGGGUGAGGAAGUGGAAGGUUUUUUACUUUUUCUGA